CUGUUGGUUGGCGUCGCCAUUAUACUGCGCGAUUUACGCGCAAAAGCAAAAUCGUCUUGAUUUCUGGUCGCGCGAAAGUCACAUUCGUGUUCCUGCAUGCAUUCCUUCCUACUUUGCUAGACCUUGCUCCAAAAAUGGCACUAGAUGCCUAAAUGCGUGAAAGGAGACGUGCUGAUUUCCGCGCAUGAGCAAACGCGCGCGAUUGCCUCCUAGUUAUCUUCUCCAUGGUACAUACUCUGUUCACCAGAAAAAUUUCUGAAAAUAAACGUCGAAAUAAGCAUGUCAUUCUGCCAAUUUUGUUGAAUUUUCAGAUUUUCUAUAUUAAGAAUUGUUGGAUCAAUCUUAUCAGAUUUUUUCAUCGAUAAUUAAAUGUGCUGAUUGUCAUUUGCGACAUGGACAGCCAGGUGUGCGGAGAUGGUAGAUUGAUAGACGUAAUCGACGAGAGCUGGCGCAAGGAACGCUUACCCAUCGACGACAUUUCGACCCCGGUGGCUGAAUUGCCAGAUCCUGAGAGUGAUAACGGAGAUUCUCACAUGACGUUGAAGGAAUUGGAGCAGAAGUGGAAUAAUCUUGCUUUGAGCUCUCUCAGCGACAAUCAUCUGCAUUCCCCGACACCUCUGCACAAUUGAAUAUUGUUGCUCAAGAAUUUGAAGGAUUAAUAGAUCAUAUAUAUAUAUAUAUCUCUCGAUAUCUUUUCUUACUGCAUCACAA